UCUGAUCUGUCAUUCUAUCAUCUUUUGUUUAGUCUACCUACAAAGCUUUUUCGGUCCUAUAAAGUUUUUGAACAAAAUUAGGUUAAACAUCUGUGCACUACGAAAGCUCUUCAUAUUUCGAAAUCUAAUCCAUACUGGUCUGUGAAGAUAUUUCCAUCCCGGAAGCAGUGGAAUUUGGAGGGUUGUCUUAAAUGAACGGAUCGCUUGCUUAACGUGUGGGACCGCACGCACAGGAGGGACAUAAACAAGUAGGCUACCUUCAACGCUUAACAAAAUACCGUGGACAAGACUACAAGCAACACAAUAUCAGCUCCGUUUUGCAAAUGGAUGGGCGGAAAGGGCUGUAGUCUCGGGCGGGACAGAGGAGGAUGGGCUCAGGCUCCCCCUGCUGGAGGAGAUGUCUCUGGGUCGGCUCCUGCGGCGUGCCUCCUCCAAGGCCUCCGACCUCCUGACCUAUAACCCCGGGUCGGGGGGCUCGCGCAGCGGCCUGGACGGAGAGAUCAUCUUCUCCAAGAACAAUGUGUGUGUGCAUCCUGCUGACCCCCUACCAGGCCUGGCUGAGCACCACCCAGGCUACUUGUGUGUUCACAUGGAGAAGGACGAGAGCCUGGGCACCACUCUGAUUCUCACCUGGGUGCCAAAUUCCCGCAUCCAGAGACAGGACGAGGAGGCCCUGCGCUACAUCACCCCCGAGAGCUCGCCCGUCCGCAGGAACGCCCACCGACGCCCGCGCAGGCCCCACUCUCGACCCCCACCUGCCCAAGAGGAGGAGGAUGAGGAUACGAGGACCACUGGUUCCCAGAGCUGCGAGAACCAGACCCUGGCCGGGGAGGCUGGCUCUGAGCUUGGCCCUCCCCAGCAACUGCAGCCCCAGCCUGGGGAGGAGGGAGACGAGGGCUCCUGUGAGCUAUCUGCGGACGAGGUGAGCCGUGACAGCAACAUGGGCUCUGACUCUGACACGUUCUCCUCGCCCUUCUGCCUGUCGCCAGUCAGCGAGGCCCUCUGCGAGAGCAGUAGCUCUGUCUUUCUGGAUAACGAGAACAGGGAGCUCGGUGACGAGUCUAUGACGCACUCUGCCAGCUCCGCCUCCAGCCUGGAUAGCCAUGCCCCUUCUGAGAGCGGCCAGUCACAGGGUGUGCGGUGGGAGGAGCAGCAGAAGGUGCUGGCGUUGGAGCAGCUGUGCGGAGUGUUCAGGGUGGACCUGGGCCACAUGAGGUCACUACGCCUUUUCUUCAGUGACGAGGCGUGCACCAGUGGUCAGCUGGUGAUUGCUAGCAGAGAAAGCCAGUACAAGAUCCUCCACUUCCACCACGCUGGCCUAGACAAGCUUGCAGAGGUCUUCCAGCAGUGGAAAUGCUGCAGAGAGACCCAGCUCAAAGACCAGGUGGCAGAUGAAAAGUCGUGCAUGCAGUUCUCCAUCCGGAGGCUCACCCUGCCCUCGGCAGAGACCCACCCUGAAGAGAGGCUGUACCGCAGGCUCGACGUCACCACCUGGCUCCGGCACCUCAACCACAGCGGGCAGGUGGAGGAGGAGUACAAGCUGCGCAAGGCUAUCUUCUUUGGGGGAAUCGACCCAUCCAUCCGGGGGGAGGUGUGGCCCUUCCUACUCCAGUACUACAGCUGUGACUCCACCUCCCAGGAAAGGGAGGCCUGGAGGCUGCAGAAACGCUCCAACUACCAUGACAUCCAGCAGAGGAGGUUGUCUAUGAGCCCAGAGGAGCACAGUGACUUCUGGAGGAAGGUCCAGUUCACAGUUGACAAAGACGUAGUGAGGACCGAUCGUAGCAACCUCUUCUUCAGGGGAGAGAACAACCCCAACGUGGAAAGCAUGAGGCGUAUCCUGCUGAACUACGCGGUGCUGAACCCAGACAUGGGCUACUGUCAGGGCAUGUCCGACCUGGUGGCCCCCCUGCUGACGGAGGUCCAGGAUGAGAGCGACACCUUCUGGUGUUUCGUGGGCUUGAUGGAGAAUACCAUCUUCAUCAGUUCACCCCGUGACGAGGACAUGGAGAGGCAGCUGAUGUACCUGAGGGAGCUCCUGCGUGUGAUGCUGCCCAGGUUCCACCAGCACCUGACCAGGUUAGGGGAGGACGGCCUGCAGCUGCUCUUCUGCCACCGCUGGAUCCUGCUCUGCUUCAAACGAGAGUUCCCCGACACCGAGGCCCUGCACAUGUGGGAGGCCUGCUGGGCUCACUACCAGACAGACUACUUCCACCUGUUCCUCUGCGUGGCCAUCAUUGUGCUGUACGGGGAGGACGUGACUGAACAGCAGCUAGCUACAGACCAAAUGCUGCUGCACUUCAGCAACCUGUCCAUGCACAUGAACGGGGACCUGGUGCUGCGCAAGGCCCGCAGUCUGCUUUACCAGUUCCGUCUUCUACCCAGAAUCCCUUGCAGCCUCCAUGACCUGUGUAAGCUGUGCGGUCCAGGGAUGUGGGACAGUCGCUACGUUCCUUCCGUGGAAUGUUCUGGUGAGCAUCCAGACUCCCAGAGCUGCCCCUAUGGAGGCACCUCUACCCCCCAGCCCUCCCCGUCCCCCACUCCCUCACCCAACCCCACCCCCACCCUGCCCCUUGAAGGUAAGAGGGGCUCCAAGACCCGUGACAUCUUCACCUUCCGCAAGCAAUCUUGAGGGUCUCAGAGUCGACCAGCGCUAUAAUGUGAUGAGCCCAUCUGGAGUUGCAAUACUGCUGUUCCACCAUUAGGACUCCUGACAUAUCAGCUCUCCCCUCACCCUCCUAUAAAUGCAACCUCCAAGCUAGUAAGGAACUGUCACUUCUGUUUGCUGUGACAUUGAACACUGCCUUUCUAUGAAUGUAUCACUAACAUUCAGUACCACUGUCACAAAUGGCACUACAGUCCAUUAAGAAAUGUUGUCUACUUUGCUGUUGGAGGAGAAUGGACAAUCUAGUGUUUGUCUGUCACAGUUUCAGAGUUCACUUUUAAGUCUGAAUGGUUGUGGCCCAGUGGUGUCACUGGGCAGGCUUGUUUACAGGACUCAAAACAGACUGAGAGUUCUAAAGUCUGAGAUGCAUUGGUCCAACUUGAACUGGACUGGAAUUGGACUUGAAACUGGUCAAUGGAAUGCUUUGAGUGAAUUGUCCCAAUGUAUGUGUGUAUCUCGAAGGCUUUAGUUGCCCUGAGUUGUUACCCCUCCCCCCCCAUUCUUAACUCGUUCUUCAUCUCAUUAUUGGUAUUUAGUUUUUCUUUCAGGAUCCAUGUUUACCCUAAAGUGAGAGUUUAUUGUUGUUUGGGUUUGCUAUCAAAAUAUUUAGCAAUAUUACAUAGUCGCAGUAUAUCCUUGCAUGAGCAAUCUUUGUAUACUGUAGGAGGCACAACUUGUUUGUGUCACACAAAAAGCCAAAAAUAGAGGGAAGAAGCUGUUCACACAACAAUGGUUUGCACCAGAACAGGGCUCUAAACAUUUCCUUGUCAGAUUUAUUUACGGGACUUGCUCAUGCGUUGUCAUUGUCUAUAACUGUCAACUGUUCGGCAUAAUAAUGCUGUCAGACCAUUUUACAUUGAUAAAAAAGGGUAUGGCUAAAUGGGUCGCUGAUCCAAGCAAUAGCAACUAAAUAAUGAGUAGAGUGGAUGUGUUGCCACACGGGAUAACAUAACAGUUAUGGAUGUUACACCAUUGCCAACCAAAGAGAAUGGACAGGUAGAGAGCCUGAAGAACAGAAAAUCUGUAUUUGUUUUUGCUUGUAGACAUCUUAGUUUAAGUCUUUGUUUAAAUCUUUCUUGAGAGGGGUGGUAAAAAUAGGGUUAUUGUUUAUCAUCUUCACCAAACUUAUCCUCUCUCAGUUGAAGGGACAUGUCAGAGCACUAUGAUUGUAUCAAAUGUGUUUUACCCAUCCCAACUGUUGAUUUCACUUUGAGCAGAGUGUAUUAACUGUAGCAACCAUUUAACAUCUGGUUGAGUUGAAGUGCAAUCCAAGUAGCCCCACCCAGACCCAUCUCUUUAUCCUUACCACCUAUCAUCCAGAGAGGGAGAGAGAGACAGCUAGAGAGAGAGGGAGGGGGGAAGAGGUAUAGAGAGAGGUUGACAAUGAGGCUUUCUCUUUUGGUAAUUUACAGGCUUGAGCUGAGCUGGGGACAGGCUGUGAUCUGUAUGCUGCAUCUUGUGUAUUAUCUAGUCACAGUUAAAGAUGACACCGCUUGCGAUGACCCCUGGGAGAGACUGAAUGGGUGGGGAAGAGAAGGAACACAUUUUAUUGCACCACUGGUGGAAAUUUGUCUUCAAUUUGAUGCUAAAUGGGAACAUUAGGAUCUCAAAGCUGCCCCUUGCUCUCACCGUCAACAUGCAGUGUCUGUGGAAAUAGCAUAAACUAUCUUCUAUACCCAUUAGUCAUUCAGUGUAGCUGCCUGCUGGAUGUGAUUGCAAGGCUUAGAUUAUUUUACUUUCUUUGGGAGGCAUAGUUGUGUAGAGACUAAUGGAGAGCGUUUGUGAAAGAAGGCAUGCUGAUGAUGUACACCCAAGUCCUUCAUUGGUUUGUUUACAUUGAUUGCUUCUAUUUUGGUGAAUAUUACCUCACAUGCUGGUGUUCAAAUGGUGGUUGCUCAUGUCAAGUCCCCGCUCACUGUGCUGUUAGUGUACAUUCAGAGGAUCUUCUGGACACUUUCUUUUCUACUAUGACACUUAAUGUUACUUAGCUGGAAAUGCACUUUCACAACAAUGAUCCUUUUCUGUCUAAGAGAGGCUCCAACAGUGUGAAUGUAAGUGGUUUGUGGUUCUGACACGAUGAGACUGACUGGUCUUGCGUAGGAAGCCAGGGGACUACUGUACUUACUGUAAGUCGCUCUGGAUAAAAGUGUCUGCUAAAUGACUAAAUGAAAUGAAAUGAAAUGACUAGACCUCUCUGAGCAGGCACCUGAAGUGUCUGUCAGAGACGCCUGCUGCCGACGCUGGGAGCUAACAGCAGGUGCUGUUCCUCGAGUUCAACCCUAAACGCUCCUCAGUCUAAUCUCCUCGUUGCUGUUUGCUGUGGGUUCCUAGUACUGUUUGAGGACGCAUGCACAUGCUGGUGAUUUAACCAACUGUCAAGGUCAGCUGUAGAGAUGGCAUCAGACACAUCAUCCGGUGGCUAUAGUUUUCAAGAGCUAAAGAAACACUUGGUUGCCAGGUUGGCUCAAUAUCCUCUUUAUUUGUGUAUUCGUCAGUUCAGGUGCUAUUGUUGAGGGAUUUUAUUGUAACCAUUUCAGUAAUGAAUAACAAUAAGUUCAAAGUUAGCUAAAUCAGUCCAUUGAAAAUUAAGUAAUUGGUCUGAAAGUGAUGUCAAUUGUUUUGAGAACAAUGAUGUACUAAUUUAACAACCACAGGAGCCAAGUCUGAUUGACAUAACUCUAUCCUGGCCAUCUGGACCCUGCCUCUUUGCCUCUGAUAAUUUGUGUGUGUGUGUGUGUGUGUGUGCCUGUGUGCGUGUGCCUGUGUGUGCAUGUGCAUGACUGCAAUUACAGGCCAUUAGCCACAGAUUGAGCCCCUCUCUGAGCUAAUGCAUUUCAAGAGUAGAAAACAAGAUAAAGGAAAAAUGACAAUAAAUACAUAAAUGAAUAAAAUGCCACUUCCCAUUACUCCCUUCUAGGCCAUGUGUGUCCACUGAGACUCUGCCGCUUAUUACAGUAAUACAAAGAAACGUAGUUGUGAAAGGGCAUUUGAAGUGUAGUCAUUUGCAGAAUGGGGAGAAAACAGACCAAUAGAAUAUUGUCAUAUUUUCCCUUGUAGCAAUGAUCUUCACCUGAUGUAUUUAACACGGUUCCUGCUCACUGUGAGCUACUUUGCCUAAAUGCACAGAGACACAGGACAAAGUGGAGUGUGUGUGAGAAGGAAAGAGAAGUUUGGAAAGCAGUUUGCAGCUCUAUAAUUGAUAAGAUCUGAGGUGUAACUGUGAAGGCUCUAUCUCCAACGUGGGUGGAAGCCCCAACCAACUGGCAUCGCCGAGGCAACCAAACACUACCACCAUGUUCAGACGGCAUACAAUCAAUACCUUCACACUCAAACAAAACACUCUACGUGGGUAAAGGCAGCUUCACACAAUCCUAUAUCAGCUUGAAAAAGAUAUCCUUAUAUUAAACCCUAACAGACAAACUCCAUAAAUACAAUAAAAAAUAUAUAUGUUCUGUAUGUUUAAUUCUGAUCUGGUUAAGUGCUUGGUUGUGCCUAGUGUAGUUGAGUAACAACCCAUUUUGAGUAACAACCCAACCAAAAUUGACAAUGUUUGUUACAAACAGGUUACCACAAAGCCACAUUAAUUUGUUGUAUUGCUCAUUAACUGUACACAACUUUUGUUAUAGAACACAGCAACACUUAUGAAAAACAUAAAUCUAAAGGCAAAUAGUUUUAGUUUAAACUGCGAUUUUGUUAUGGAACUCCAAUUCAUUAUGAACAUACCGAUUCAUCCAUUAUUGCAUCUGUCUCUCCUUUUAGAAUUGGCCACAUAAUCUACGUUGUUCUUCACCAUAGGGGUUGGGGCUAUGUUUAGUGUGUAUCUGAAAGCCUGACGUACGUAUGAGAAGCAUCUCUGGGUUUGUAACAGCAUUAGGAAAGGAAUUCACUCAGUUGGCAAAUGAUGACUGCACAGUUUUGUUUUCCAGGCAGUUUGACAUGAGGAAAAGGUUUACUGUAGGUCAGAGUUACGCCAGUAGACAUCUCCACUGUUGUAGUGUAAAGAAGACCCUGAGAUUUUAAACAACAGGCUUCAAUCGCACUCUUUAUUUCUGUGUCAUCUGGCAUUAGCUUUGUGCAAAAGGGUUGUGUGUAAACCAAUCCAACACAUCUUUCAAGUUUUUGUUUUUUGUGUGUGUGUGUGUGUGGACAUGCAAGUGCAUGUGAGGCUGUUUUGUUUGUGUCUGUGUGCAUGUGCAAGAACGGAAGUGAAUAGCUAAGACACAGUAUUUAUUUUUGUAAGAUGCUAAUCAAAACGCUUUUAUGGGAUUUAAAAUAGAUUGAAAAAAUGCUAAUCUUUUUCCCCACAGUGAAAAUCUCUUUGUGUUAUAUGAAAACAUUUGAUAUAAGAGCAGAGAUUUCCCUUUGUGUUUGAGCUAGCUUUUCACAACUCACAGCCACCUAAACUUAAUUCAGAAAAACUUGCUAAACUAAACAUUGACUCAGUAUGUUAAUGAUGAAACUCUUCAAACUAAAUUUCCGAUCUUACUUUAAAGCACAUGAAUGCUAAAAGGUUAAUUUAUCCAAGCAAAAAGGGGAAAAUUUGAAAAUACUCUACGGACCCUGACCCUAUUGUGUGUAUUGACACAAUGUAAAUGUGUCAAAAACAAUAUAAGGUUCCCUUCCACAGUUACUAAACAUAUUUUAGACAAAGUAAAACAUGUCAUUGUGUAAAAGCAACGAUGGAAAUAAAAAUAUAUUAAAAAGGAACAGCUGGUACUACCCUUGAGGUUGUGCCAAUCUGGCUGAAUAUUUGUUUACGUUUGCUGGUCUUACACUUAAUUUUAUGAAUACAAUUUAGCCUAUAUCUUGCACCACACUAUUUGGUGAGUUCACAGUACCAUCAUACAUCUGAACUAGGGUGUGCUUUCUCUGUGUUCAUCCAAGAUUGGUCAAGACUGAGGGAAACCAGCGGAACUAAUCCCAGUUUUGAUGGUCUGUCCAGAGCACAUUGUCCCUUGGGGAACUAUCAAUAAAGUUGUAUUGAAAUAUAUUGAAAUUAUUUUUGAUGUAAUGCACGAUAACUCUGUUGCUAUGGUGAUAUACUUAUGUACACUGUUCCUCUCUCAUUAUGAAUCUGUAAGCCCUUCAUUGUUUGUGUAUCUACAGUAAUUUUUCAAAACACAAACACACACAUGCAUUGUUGACUGCUUUUAUACCCUAAUAUAUCCAGUAUAAUUUCAUUGUUUUUUAGAUAAUAAAGUAAAAAA